CAACAGUCUCCUGUAAACCUCAUAGAAAAGGCCGGCGAACACUUCCGGUUGCCCUAUUUGAAUAUCCGCGGCAAUUAAGACGCAGUUAGUGCACGUCGUCCCUCUUGAAAACGGAUGUUUUAACGUUGUUUAAUGUGUUACAGCUCGUCGGAGGCGGUAGCUAACAGGCAACGAUAGUUUUAAAACUCAAACGACCGGAUGUUAAAGUUGUUACGGUUACUUUUCUGUGGCUGUGUGUGACGAGAGUUUGACAAACAGAAGUGUUUGUGCGCGCUAGCAGUGGAGGUAACAACCUCUCAGCAGCUGGACUUUACCUUCUACACCUGUGAGCUGAGGUCACUAUAACCACAGGUCAGCUGAUGGAACACGGACCUAAACAUUCUGUGGACCUGCUACGACUCCAGCCUCGGGCCCCGUGUUUCUCUCCGGCCAGGCAGCCGGCAGUGUCCUGAGGAGACACAGACGCUAUAACACGGGGAUUUUUGAGGAGAUGCUGCAGGGGAACCUGGAGCGCGAGUGUAUGGAGGAAUCUUGUGACUUGGAAGAGGCCAGGGAGACGUUUGAGAACGACGAAAAGACGAUGGAGUUCUGGGCUGGAUAUGUAGAUGGAAACCAGUGUAAACCAAAUCCAUGUCUGAACCAGGGCUCAUGCAAAGACCAUCUUGGCUCCUUCACCUGCGCGUGUCUGCACGGCUUCACUGGCAGGAAAUGUGAGAUCAUCGUUGCAAAAAGAUGUGACGUGAACAAUGGCGACUGCAUGCACUUCUGCGAGUCGAUGGGAACCUUUGGAGCUAAAUGUUCCUGUGCGACAGGAUACAAGUUGAUGGAGGAAGGAAUCUGCGAACCAGCAGAUGAAUUCCCAUGCGGCCGAACCGCUCUGACGGCAGCGAGUGAAGUAUACAGCAGGUCUCUGCUCGGCCGUAAGAAUACAAGUCUGCCAAACAACACUUCACUGAGCAACAUCACCACCACCACCACAUCCUCUCCCUCAGCUCCAGCCACCUCCACUGCCUCGUUUCCAACCACAACAGAGUCUGAAGACGCUAACGACCUGAGGAAACUGCCACUGUGGGUGUUUGAGGAGGCCGAGGGCCCCACCGAGGAGCCGAGUCGUCCUUUUAAACGCAUUGUAGGUGGAGAGGCAGUAACUCCAGGAGAGAUCCCAUGGCAGGUGGCUUUGGUAUUACAUCCCAGCGGCGAGUUAUUCUGUGGGGGCUCGAUUCUCAGCAAGCGUUGGAUUAUUACUGCGGCUCACUGCUUGGCAGAGGCAGGAGGGGCUUUUGUCGUCCGAGUGGGUGAGUAUAACGUCAACAUCAACGAGGGCACGGAGCAGGACUAUGAAGUGCUGAGGCACCACGCACACCCGCGCUACAACGCCAGCGUGAGCUUGUACAACCACGACAUCGCCCUGCUCUACCUCAAAACCCCCGUCGCCUUCUCCGCAACCGUGCGGCCCAUCUGCAUAGGGCCCACGGUCUUCACUGAGACCCUCGUAAAGGCCGCCUCCCCGGCGACGGUCAGCGGAUGGGGCCGGACGCGCUUCAUGGGCGCCACGUCGAACACGCUGCAGAAGGUGGAGGUUCCCGUCGUAGAUCGGACGGAGUGUAAGGACAGCAGCCGCUCCAGGAUCAGCCCGUUCAUGUUCUGUGCGGGCUUCUACAGUGAGACCAAAGACGCCUGUCAGGGAGACAGUGGAGGUCCUCAUGCGAACAGCGUUCACGACACGUGGUUCUUGACGGGCAUCGUCAGCUGGGGCGAAGAAUGCGCAAAGGACGGGAAGUACGGCGUGUACACGCGCGUGUCGCUGUACUACCGCUGGAUCAACCACGUCAUGGGACAAACCAAACAAAUGCUUGCGUUCGACGUGGAUGAUCCCGUCCUUGUCAUUUAAAUGUUAGAAAUUGAAGAAUUUCAACUUUUUACUUUGUGAAUCUUUGUCAAUAAAAUGUUGCUUUCGAUU